GAAAGCACAAUAAUUCAAUAAUUGAAGUCUAGACUGGGAAUGGUUCCGAGCAAGUUCUAGCCAUACUGUUAUAAAUUUACAUCUUUCCCUGGCUUCCUCACACGUUGCAGUUUAAGCUGUUCUUUUUGUUAGUUUGAAUUCAUCAAUAGCUGAGCACUAAGUUUCAGUUUCUCAGUUAUUCAAACAGAUCAAAUAUGGCAUCUGUUGUGGUUGAUCUUGUUCUUGAAAAGCUUGGCGGGAUGUUGAUAGAAGAGAUAAGCAAGGGGGUUUCACUUUUCUGUAACUUCAGAAGUGACUUUCAAUGGCUGAGCAAGAAGCUCACAAUGUUAAGAGACUAUCUCAGAGAUGCAGAUGCUCAGAGUGCACACAAACCUUCCGUGAAAAAAUGGCUGCUGGAAGUUGAAGAUAUUGCUUGGGAUGCAGAGGACAUACUGGACGAAUGUGCUGUUCAAUCAAAAGGUACUAAUAAUGAAAGCCCCCAAUCCUCUUGUGUCUGUGCUUUCAGCUAUUCUCAAUUAGUGUUUCGCUAUAAGAUGGCGCGUCGGAUUAAGGACGUGAAAGACAGAAUGAGGUCCAUCAUGGAAGAUGCAGCGGAGCUCAAUCUUGUUGGGGAUGUCACUCAUGCAGACCAACCUUCCACGAGUACACCUCAGAAUGCAAGGUGGAGGGGUUCAAGUGUAAUAGAGACUGCUUCACGACCAGUGGCUAUUGAGUCAAAGGUUCAAGAUGUCGUCCGCCUUCUGGAUGACCCUGCCGCUCCUGUGAUCGCCGUCGUUGGUAUGGGCGGCGUCGGGAAGACUUUUCUACUGCAAAAUGCCUUUGAUAGAGCAAAGGGAAGGUUUGAGCAGUCAGUCUGGCUUGCUAUUUCUCAGACUUACUCUCUUGAAAAGCUACAAGCUGCUUUGGCCUCCAAAAUUGAUUUGAAAGAGGUCGUUGAGGGAAGGUUUGAUGUAGUGCAGGCAAAACAGUUGAUUCAUGGACGCUUAACAAGCAUAACGGGUAGGUUUCUCAUUGUGCUGGAUGAUGUUUGGAGGGCAACUGGGCAAGAUAAUUUGAUAUCUGCACUUGGCCUUCCAACCGGGGAUAAUACCCACUGCAAAAUUGUUGUCACCUCAAGGUACAGAGCUGUGUGCAGAGACAUGAAUGCUCGUGUUUAUGAGCUGCACCCUUUGUCAGAAGAAGAGAGCUGGGACCUGUUUUGUGCUUUUGCCUUCCAGGGAAAUCAGCCGCCACAACAUCUUGAAGGAAUUGCUCGCCAAAUCGAAAGGAAAUGCGAUAGAUUGCCCUUGGCUGUUAAAACAGUGGCAGCGUCUCUGGCGAACGAGAUGUUGUCAAGGGAGUGGACAUUCAAAUUGGAGCAGCUAAGAGAAAUAUCUUAUACAGAGGAUACGGUUAUGCAGAUUCUCAAGUUAAGUUAUGAUUCUCUCCCUCCUCAUCUUAAACCUUGUUUUGUAUAUCUAUCUUUCUUUCUGGAAGAUGAGACAAUAGACUACCAGGAUCUCAUAAACCUGUGGAUAGCGGAAGGGUAUGUUCCUCAAACAGAGAAUCAGGGCCAACUAGAUAUUGGAUGGGAUUAUUUAUGUCAUCUUCAAAGUCUAUGUCUGGUCGAGAGAGUAGGCGACAUGUAUGAUCAGUAUUAUAGAUGGUUCAAAUUGCAUGAUUUGUUGCUGGAUUUGGCCAUCAGUAUAGCAAAAGAAAGUCAGUGUGCAUUUAGUGUAGAGGAAUCCUUAAAAAAAGGUCCAGCUGUGCAAACGAGCAGUAGGUGCCGGAGGAUUUUAAUGGGUAAGAAAAGUAUAGCUGAUGGUGAUGUAGAUGCAAUGGCAAGCAGCCAGGCAUAUUCUGCACUACGUAUUCGUACUCUCUCUUUCACACAAAAUGAAGGCAUUGAAAAUAUUCCGGCACUCUUGCUUAGUGGUGCAAGAGUAUUGCGUGUUCUUGACUUGAGUUACACUAACAUCUCGUCAUUGCCAGAUUGUGUUGGAAAUUUGAAGCUGCUCACAGUUUUGAAUUUAAGGGAUACACAAAUUGCCGAGGUACCAGAAUGUGUGAAAAGCAUUAAGAGUCUUCUCUUCCUUGACAUUUCUUGGUGUUCGAAUCUAGAAGGGUAUCCUGUGUGGAUUGGUGAGCUCAAUUGCCUGAAACAUUUGAAUAUGAAUUUAAGAGCUAAUGCAAAAUUUGAUGGACAAAUGCCGAAGGGAAUGUCAAAGCUUGUGUCUUUAGAGGUCUUGAAUAUAGAUUCUGCUAACAAACUAUUUGUUGACGAGAAUGAAUUCUUGAGGUUGGAGCAUUUGGUCAAUUUGGUCAACCUCCGUGAAGUGUCGAUAGGAAUUAAUCACGAGGCCGAGUUGAAAAGUAUAGAAGAUGGGAUCCUUUCCACAUUGGUGAAGAUGCGUACUUUGACAAUAUUCAACAAUACUGAUGAUGUUGAUGAUGUUACUGAAGUUAAUCUUCCGCCUCUGUCAGAGAAAAUGUUAGCUAUGAAGGAUCUUGAAUACCUUUUACUAAGAAGGUUUGCAGUGCCGAAUUGGUUGUGUGGCUUCUCAAAUCUGAUGCAAUUGGAGUUAUAUGGAUGUCCUUGUGCUGAAUAUCCAGCACUAGAAAUGAUGCCCAACUUAAUAAAGUUGCAUAUAUGGACAAAUGCUAUAUGCAAGGCAUUGCCAAAAGGGUUCGGGAAGUCCGGGGGAUUCCGUCAAUUAUGUUAUUUUAGAAUUGAGUCUUUUUUAGUGUUAGAAGAGUUUCCAGAAUUAGAGGAUGGAGCAAUGCCACAUCUAGAGGUACUAGAGGUAGCACGCUGUUCCAAUUUGAACAAAAUUCCACGUGGAUUGGAGCUCCUCAAAUGUUUGAAAAGGUGCCACUUUCAGCAGACAGGAGUGGAUGAUAUGUUGAAGGAGGGUGGGGAAUUAUGGGAAAAAAUAAAAGCUAGAAACCCCAAUGUUAUUAUUAGUACAGGGUAGUAGGGUUCAAGGUAGUCAAGUUGCAAGAUGACUACUUUUUAAUUUUGUUUCCUUCAUUAUCGUAUAUAUAUGUAAGUUAUGUGUAGAAAAAAAUUGUAUCAAGAAAUUUUGAAAUUUUGAAAAACUACUUAAUGUUUUAAAAAUAUUAAUAUAAUUUUUUAUUAAUUUA